GGCGAGUGGUGACGCGCCAGCGCUGCGGAAAGCCGUGGGCAUGGUCUGGGCCGCCAGUGACGAGGUGGCGAGUGGGCCGCUGGACAACAAGGGUUGCCUGUUCAGGCGCCUCGCGGAGGUCAUGCAGGGGGUCAAGGCGGCGGCCAAGGAGCUUGAGGAGCUCAUCGCGGCCUCCCAGCAGGCGGCAGAAGGGGGCGAGGGGGCGCAGGAGGGGCGGCAGGAGGCGGGGGACGGAGACGAGGCGGCGGAGGCCGGGCGGGAAGCUGGGAAGGCAGAGGAGGAAGCGGAGGAGGAGGGAAGACAGGAGGAUGCCGACGACGAGGGUGAGGGUGACGAGGAGGGUGAUGGCGACGACUCUGACGACUUCCGCGACAUGGGUGUGCUGCGGGGCGCCGAGGUGGGCACCGCGGAGGCGGCUGCCGGGCUGCUGGGUGCGGCGGGGGGGGCGCUGCGGGCCAUCAGCAGGCCGCUGCUGGAGGGUCCCCCGGUUGACGCCGAGCACUGCCUGGACGAGUGGGAGAGCCUGGCCUGGCAUGCGGACAAGCUGCGGUCGGGGUGCGAGGCGCUGGUGGCCUGCCUCUACCCGCCGCAUGACGAUCCCUCCGAGCUGCAGGGCCAGGCGGAGUCGGUGCACACCACCCUGGAGCUCAUGCUGGCGGAGUUCCCCGAGGACUACCUGGGGCAGCAGG